AUGGCUCCUGUCCCUGAAACAGGCUCAAUUGUGCAUGCUAACUCACCCUGCCAAGAUUCGCAGGAAUCUAGCCACGACAAUCCGACACCAAUAGACUCGCGCAAGUCAAUAAGCAUGAUUGAAGCGCUGCCCCUUGAGCUUCUGGAACUAAUUGUUCGAAUUGCUCUGGACCUCGAGGAACAACAGAAACCCACUGGCGCUCCCAAGGUUUGGGAGCCGUAUCCCAUCAAUGACUACUCCAAGGGAAAGCUUCCUCCAGGACGGAUGGACACUGCGCACCAUCACCAUUCAAUCAUCUUUUCACAUGUUCAAUUUUGGAGCUCCAACAACCAGCAAACGGAUUGGCUGCUGGCGUCUUUAGAUAAAGGGAGCCUAUUGCCUAGAUUAAGGCAUGUCGCUAUUAAUCUGGACGGAAACAGUAGUAAUACUUGGGAUGGCAAGGGCCAGACCGAUGGGGAUGAUGGGUGCAGCGAUCAACUCGUGGCAAACGGAUCGGCACUUUUGGAACGUCUCCCUGAUGACCUACUUAGUCUAUCUCUUACGACACAAGAUGACGGGGACUACUCAUCCUACAUUUACUUUGGGAGGAUACAUCCAGCUUUCCAACAAAGUCUGGCGAGGCUCCGCAAUCUCCACCGUCUUGAGCUGGAUUUCUACAACCAGUGGCUUUCUCUUAACUUGUGGUGCGCAAAACCUCCUGUUUCGAUGACCUUUCUUGCCAAGGACGUGGCCCUUCCACCCCCAAUGUUUCCCAACCUCCGGCACCUUUAUCUGACUGGCUGCUUAAGCGGGAGUGUGACCUCAGAAGAUGUCAUAGUCGCAUUUUCUCAGCAGCAGCUACCCUCCCUGCAGUCCCUGGUCAUCGACCGUCUGCUCUAUGAGGACGAGGGACCUCCAGUCUUUGUUCCUGAGGUCAUCAUGCAUAUGAACCCUCUGAGGGAAUUUAGUUGGCUGAAUUACGAUUUUGGGAUAGAGAUCCGGCGCUCUCUGGGUGAUCCACAUGACCUUCCCAUGAGGGGACACCUCGAGGCUCUAAAGGGCCAUCAUGGCGUAACACUGGAGCUGUUAACCCUGAAUUACAACGGGGAAUGGGGGAGACCCGAGUAUGAUUUCACAGAGGACUAUCUGAAAGAAUUCAUCAAAGCAAUACCGACCUUGAACAAGAUCUAUAUCGAUAUCCCAGGUAUUGGGGUUAAGAUAACAGUGGGUCCGUCCACAAUAGAUGACUAG